GAUCGAGAGAUGAUUUUGGUCAGUUGGUUUCGUACUUCCAAGUCGUUCGGGUGCUUAAAAAUUUUAUAAAUUUCCUCCUUGCAACCAUGGAUCAGUGGAGCGGUCGUCUAGCAAUUGUAACUGGUGCCUCAUCAGGAAUUGGCGCAGCAAUUACGAUUGAUCUCGUGAAAGCGGGAAUGGUCGUUGUGGGUUUGGCGCGGAGAGUUGAACGAAUUGAAGCCCUACAGAAUGCCCUUCCAGCAGACGUCCGGAUGAACUUGCACGCCCUUAAGUGCGAUGUUACCAAUGAAAAGGAAAUUAUUGAUGUCUUCGGGAGGAUCGACGCCCAAUUCGGCGGCAUUGAUGUCCUCGUCAAUAAUGCCGGAGUUCUCCGCUAUACUUCCCUCAUUGAGCCCAACAAUACAACACCAAUUCGUGAGGUGAUGGAGACGAAUGUAAUGGGGCUCAUUUUCUGCACACGAGAAGCCUUCAAGUCCAUGCAGAAGCACAAGAGGAAUGCGCAUGUUAUUCACAUGAAUAGCAUCAUUGGGCACAAGGUGUACUGCAACGUCGAGCAGCCCUCAAUCAAUAUCUACCCAGCGAGCAAGUAUGCAGUUACGGCAAUUACGGAAGUACAUCGCCAGGAAUUCAUCAGGAGUAAGUGCCCCAUUAAAGUGACUUCGGUGAGUCCUGGCCUCGUGAAGACUGAAAUUUUCCAAUCGGAAAAUAAGGAUAUCUUCAAGGAGCUCCCCUGCUUGGAACCUGAAGAUGUUUCCGCAAGUAUUCUGCACAUUUUGGGAACACCACCUCGUGUGCAAAUCCACGAGAUGCUCAUCAAGCCCUUUGGGGAGCCAUACUAAAAGUGAAACCAACUCAAAAGUCUGCCGUAAAAAUUAUCUGUGAAUUAUUUGUUUUUAUGCAUGUGUUGAUUAAUUAUAUAUUUGUUAUACCAUUUGAUCGCAAUUUCGAAAGAUUCUCGGUUAAAAUUUAUAAAAGAAAAACGUAAGUAAUAAAAUGUACAUUUAAAAGAGA